GGAAGUAUCAUUGAAAUGGCGAUUUCUACGAGUCGAAAGAAGUUUAUUGCAACUGAUGCUGUUCAGUAUGAGCUUCAUCGCGUUUGGCAGGAUAGGCAGGAGCCAACGUACAAAGCUCUUUUUGUGGCUUUUAUCAAGUUUUUCUUGCAAACUCUUGCCCGUCCGCUUGUUGUCUUUUUUGUUUGGCCUUUGAUUGUUUUCAACAUUGAAGUGGGGGGUCGACGUUUGUCAUGGGAUAUCAUUAGGCCAAGUGCAGCUCCAACUGUUAGAUACCGAGUGGAAGCUUUUGCUUAUGUUUGCUUCAUCAUUCUGUUGUUUGUUGAAGCAUAUGAUUUGGAGUUUAUUAAACAGGAUGUGACCACUUUAGAGUGGAUCACUCUGGUUUACGUGUUGGCUUUGCUCUACAAUGAGUUUGUAUCAUUGGUCAGACUAGGGUUUUGUUUCUAUUUCACUCGUCUGGGUCACAAGAGGUCUUGUUUGACAAUUGCUGUGUUUAUUGUAUUCUACAUGAUGAGGCUUAUAGCUAUCUAUGGUGAUAAUGUGAAGUCAAGGAGCACUAUUCUUAGAGUGUCUAGUUACCUGUUGGCUUGGGCAUCGACUACGGCCUGCACUCGAAUACUUCAAUAUUUAAGGGUACAUCAACUCAUUGGUCCACUACACAAGUCAUAUCAGUCAGUUAUGGUGACUCUGAGUUACUUUCUAGUGAUUCUUUUUAUAUAUUUACUUGCGUUUGCAAGUGGUUUGGUCAAUAUUUAUGGAGCAACAAGUUUUGCAUCGAAUGAAGCAGACAACUGUACUGCAUUUCAUAAUGUGUGCACAGACAACUGUACUGCAUCACAUCUUGGCACAGUGACAGACAACUGUACUGCAUCACAUCUUGGCACAACCGACUGUUCUGCUGAAGCCUUUAACAGUGUGUUCUCAACGUCUGUAAGUCUGUUUUGGUCACUUUUUGGACUGCUUGAUUUGGAUAAGCUUAAAAAUUGUACAUCUGCUGAAGAGACGGUUGGCAAAAUAGUUUUUGGGAUAUGGCUGAUACAGGCCAUGAUUCUUCUUCUCAACAUGCUGAUUGCUCUUAUUACAAAUAAAUUUGAUGAAGUUCAGAGCAAUGCUGAUAUUGAAUGGAAGUUCUCAUUGGCUGCCACCAUUCUUGAUGUCCAAAAGUGUCAGCGUUUUCCAGUACCGUUUAAUCUUCUUUAUAUCUUUGUCGAUCUUUUGGAAUGGCUGUUUAAUAAAGACAACUUUAUGAAGAGGCGUUUCGAUCUUCUACCUUGUCUAUGUCACCAUACUGGAGAAAGAGACGCAACUGAACUGGAAAUAGAUAUUUUCAGACAAGCAGAAGAGACGAAAGUUUUGAGUCAAGCAGCAACCAGGAGAGACGUGGUGGAAAUCAAUGAUCGUCUUGUCAAGAUGGAGGCAUCGCUCUUGUCUGUUUGUAAGUCAUUGAACAUUCAAUCUAAAUUGGAAUCUUGCGUGUCUCAACUUGACUCACUGAACAGAGACAGUUGGGGUUACUACAGAAAACGUCUCAGCAAAAAAAUAAGCAGCAGCGAUGAAUACACUGAUGAGCUGCCAAAGAAAGAGACAGAACUACGAGGCCGAUUUAAAAAAAGUCUCAUGCGCAGAAUGUUGGAGAAGACGGAUCGCAAUCUUGGCAAGUCCGCUGCUACCUCACCAGUUUUACUAGGACGCUCUGGUAACCAACUGAAUCCCAUCGUUGAAGCAGAAAUCAGAGCUAACCCAGUCUUGAACUCUGACGCCCUCACUCGAGCUUUGACCUCUUUGGAACACGCGGUUCAUCAACAAGGACACACGUUACUACAGAUUCAAUCACAAUUAGCGAACGUGGAUAAUAGACUGAAACAAUUGGAGAGCAAAUACUCGAAACCGAAGGGUUUAUUGCAGUUUCGAUUUGAAGAAGAAGCAGCAGUCUGACCAGUUAACUAGAGCAGUUAAUUGAUCUAGACUGGAGUGGGAUGUUGUGAUAGAGUUAGAAGUGUGGAGCAUUUCAAUACUAGACUUGCGCCUAGGUACUAUAUGAUAUUAUCUAGAACACUUCCAGUUUGGUUUGUACGUGUACAGUAGCAAUUCUAUGUUUGCACAUGCUCUUAUGCUUCUUUAGCUUUGUACAGUACAAGUGUUAAACUGUAAAUAUCUAGAUUUUGUCACAAGAUUUUAGCUAUAAUAUACAACGCACAACAAACCUUGUAUAGACUCGACCCAGUCUCGUUCCGCUCUCGUCAU